AUGACAGCACUACAACCUUGGAUUCCGAAAUCAAGCUUUCUUUACAAUACCACAAGAAAAGUAGUGAAUUAUUUUUACCCACAACUACGCAAUACAUACCCUCUUCCAGUGCUCGAUGGUCCUCUGCCAAAGGAAGUUCCAGAGUCAUUUAUAUUGCAUGAUGAAAAACAAAAACGUGAUUCGUUUCGAUACAUGGAAGAUUUGUUUGAUCAUGACACCUUACAAUAUGUGAAAAAGGAAAUGCUUCAUUUUUCACUUCUUAGCGCAAAAUUUGAUCUCAAACAUACCAAAGGGCGUCUAUGGGCUGAGUUGGAUGCUAAAGUAGUAGUCACAACACGUGAAGGGGGAUAUGACAAGGGUGAAGAAAGGAUUGGUGACUACAUUUACUUCACUCGCGUUGUUCCAGGUCAUGACCCUAAUGCCAUUGGGUUUUACCGAAAAAAGGUUGGAGAGGCUGACUUACUCGCAGAGGAACUUAUAAAUCCAGUACUGCUGCAGCAGCACUUUGGCUACAAUGACUGUUCAAUUGGUAUUUGUCGUGUCUCUGAGGAUGGUCGCUACUUGGCCUACACAUUAUCUAUAGAAGGUGGGGACCGAUACAUCUGUCAUAUAAGGAGCAUUGAUAAUGCAAGCCUUUUUCACGUUAUUCGUGGGAACAACAUUGUGGGGAUUGAGUUUGGCUCGGGAAAUAAUUUUUUCUUUACCGAUUCGAAUCAACUAAACCGACCACAUCGUGUAAUAAUGCAGGAAAUUCGCCCAGGUAUUCUGGAACCUCCAAGAGAGCUUUAUUGCGAUGAUGACGAACAGUUUUUUGUCGAUGUUAGAAAAACAAAAGAUGGCAAGUUUAUUACAAUAACUUCCGACUCUAAAGUAAAUGGGAGCGUGUUAAUUUUACCAGCAUCCUAUCCGACGAUUCCGACUGAGUUGAAUCGUUUUUUCCCCGAUGGGAAACCGGUAGAAGUUGCUGGAAAGAAAGGGUGGAAUUGGCUUGAACACUACCAUGGCUACUUUGUGAUGGUAACAUCUGAUAAAGGUUCAAACUUCAGGGUUGUGUACACACGUAAUGAGAUUGCUUUAAAAUACGGCGUAAAUGCAGAGUGGAAAGAGCUUAUUCCACAUCGAUCCGAUCUCCAGAUCUCUGAUAUCGACAUCUUCGAUGGUCAGCUUGUGCUAUAUGAAAGCCAUUACUCUUUUGAGCGAAUAAACCAUAUAAGGAUCAUUAAACUGGAUUGUGGUAUUGAGGCAGCGGCGCGAGCCUCUAGAGAAGAUGAUUUGAUCUUGCACUUUCCACCACUCACAUCUGUGACACCCGGCCUGAAUAGAAAUUUUGUGCAAAGUUCAAUGGCUUUUGUGUAUAGCAGCAUCAUUCAGCCGAGUCGUGAUUGCGUCUUUAACUUCAAUUCUGAAAUGACAGCUGAAAAGGCCAAGCUGUGUUCGGCUGAUGCCUUGUUUACGCAGCGUCAGUCGGAGCAAUUUACUCCUUGGGAUUACAUGUGGCCCUAUAGCAUGUACCGUGACCUCUGUGUUUCUGAAGAUGGAACUGAAAUUCCCAUCACGAUAUGUCAGCGCAAAGACGCAUUUGUACAAGAGAUGACUGACUUCGAGCCACAGCCAAACUCCCCUAAGCAUUGUUUGAUUUAUGUAUAUGGCUCAUACGGGGAGGUUCCCUCGAUGCACUUUCAAUUGGCACCCUACAUGUGGAUGAUUCGUCGCCGUUGGACUGUGGCAUUUGCACAUGUCCGGGGUGGUGGUGAAUUGCACGGCUGGUCUGAGGGUGGGAAGGGCCCAAAUAAGAUCAAAACAACACAAGAUUUUAUUGCAUGUUGCGAACAUAUGGUAAAAAUGGGUUACACCAAGCCUGAGCUUAUGGUUGCUGCUGGAAAUAGUGCAGGGUGUGUGCCCAUUGCAGCUGCUAUGAAUAUGCGUGGAUGUGGGUUGUUCGGCAAUGUUCUCAUGCGCUCACCCUUUCUUGACAUCAUCAAUACCAUGAUCGACCCCGACCUACCGCUUUCCCUUGCUGAGCGUGAUGAUUGGGGGGAUCCACUAAACAACAAAGUUGACUUGGCUUUACUGCAGAAUUAUGAUCCUUAUUACAACCUCAAUAGCCGCGUUACGUAUCCAGGGAUGAUGAUAUCCGCUUGUUUGGAUGAUGAUAGAGUCCCUGUGUGGAACGCGUUAAAGUAUGUCGCCAAACUACGGCAUCAGCGCAAGCUUAAAGGGGUGGACCCAGUAGCACAGCCUCUAGUCCUGCGCCUGCGCUCAAACGGCGGCCAUUACCACUGGGGAAGCAUUGAGAAUAUUUGUGAAGAAAUUGCUUUCCUUUGCUCACAACUUGAUUUGGAAGGGCCUGGUAAGACCCUUAACGACAUGGACGUCAUGACACAGAUGCACAAUUUAACUACCGUGGGCAUAAUGGAUCACGACGACCAGCAGAAGGUAUUCCUCAAAUGGGACAACUGGGAGCGUGAGCGAAUUGAUUACCAUGUCAAACUUCACAGCUUUAGUUGGGAGCCUAACUUCCGGAAAGUUAAGGCCGAGAAGGAGCCGUUCUUCUGGGUUCCUACAGAUUCAGAGUUGAACCAGAAGAAGGUCGAUGAAAUGUUGAAGUCGAAGGAGAGAGAAGCCCAAGAAAGCAGUCGAGCAGGAGGAAAAGUUGGCAAUUUUGGCAAGGUAGCAGGCCGGAACAUGUACUCUGAAGAAAAGAAGGGUUAA